CUUAGCUAAGAUGUUAGCUAGUGUAAUAAUAAUUGCAAUCCUACUUUAGAUUUUUAAAAUAAGCUAGUGGUUGUGGGGACAAAAAAAAAACCAUAGACGUAAAGAAAAUUAUGAGCGAUUCAGCUGGUAUGAACGAGCAUGAUUUAUUUGAAGGGUGCGAGUCAAAAUCAUCUUCUCAAGAAAGUGGCCUUUGUAGUACGAUGAUCGCUAUUGAUGAAAGCAUGGGAAGUCUAGAGGAAAUAUCUGAUAAUCUUCAUCAACAUCUAAACACACAUCUUGAUCAUACAUCUGUGUUGCAGUACGAACUUGAUACAGUUCGUGCUCAACUAGCUGAGAAGAAUAGACUUAUAUCAACUCAACAAGUAACUAUCAAACAGCUUCAAGAUGCUUUAAAGGCAAACCAAAAGGAAUUAGAAGAUCUAAAGAGAACUUCAGAGGUGGAGAUAACCUGCAAAAACGAAACGAUUGACAUACUGCAAACGGAUUUAAUUGAUUGUCAGCAACAAUAUGCCAAUUGCAUUCAACAGAUCAUGAAUCAAAAUCGCGUUCUUUCGGAAAUACGAGACGAUGAUGCAGUCCUCGUUGAGAAAAUUGCUCAGCUGGAAAAGAAGUUGCGUAAAAAUGGAAAAACUACGGCAACUCAAACCGAUAUUCCUCAGAGUUGUGGCGACAAAAAUGACAGACAAACUCAUUGCUCUUUUAAAAGUUCUCCACCGCCAUUUAGUCCCCCACCGCCUUUUCACCAUCACUGUCGCAGUGUAAAUACCCAACCUUCUUUGGGUGAUGCCAUAGAUGGCCGAGCUGACAGCUGCUCGCCACACUUUACUCACCAUAAAUCUGCCCAAAGCAAGUCACAAUCGGCCCAGCAAGGAUGGUACGUCGAAUCUAAACCUGAUAGCCAGCAAUUCCCUUGGUCUCAGUUUCAGGACCUUCUUUCUGAAGUCCGUCAAAUACAAAAGCCUCUACAAUCGACGGAUGAACGAUCUGGCCGUGACACAGCUACGGUACAUCCAAGGAACGGUAAUGUUAUUCGGGCAGACGAUCUGACAGGCUUUUGGAACACUAUCGCCGAAGAGCGACAGCAAAGACUCCAGUUAGAUCAUUCUCUUAGACAAAUGGAACUGGAUGUCCUAGAAGUAAAAACACAAGUACAAAGCUGUAAAGCUCGCUUCCAAAAUUACCAACCCUCAGCCCCCCCACAUUGGAACUGCUGUCCUCCAAAAUUCUGCUGUUCACCGACGCAUGAAAUGGUUAAGCAUUGUUCUUGCGUGGACGAAAUUCCUGUUCCUCAUCCUAAACUCCGAUCCUCGACCUCCCUGUUUACACUUGUUUGAUCUACACACAUUCUUUACUGUUUCUUCCUCUCCGCCUGUUCGUCCGUGUGCCAAAUCUCUAUCUAUUAAAAAUUGUGUGCUCUUAUUAA